AAACCUAAUUUAUAACCUUAGAAGCAUCUUCUGGCGCCAUCAAGUCAUCUCAACUCCCGCCCAAACCAUCAUCAUUCACCAUAGAACCCAAAAUCUUCAUUCUUGAUAGCAACAAUGGCGGAAGUGAUCUCGCUAAUGGACAUAGACGACGACAACACAUCUCUAAAACCUAACAACAACAAGGGCAAAGCCGUAGCCGCGCCGCCGGCUCACACCAAAGCCACGCCAUGGGUCGAGAAGUUCCGCCCUCAAUCUCUAGCCGAUGUCGCCGCACAUCGUGACAUAAUCGAUACCAUUGAUAGGCUUACGAGUGAGAACAAAAUGCCGCAUUUGUUGCUGUAUGGACCACCGGGAACUGGAAAGACUUCGACUAUUUUGGCUGUGGCUAGGAAGCUUUUUGGAUCCCAGAUGCAUAAUAUGGUUUUGGAGCUUAAUGCGUCUGAUGAACGUGGGAUUGAUGUGGUUAGACAGCAGAUUCAGGAUUUUGCUAGUACUCAGAGUUUUUCUUUUGGUGCAAAAGCCUCGGUGAAGCUGGUUCUCUUGGAUGAGGCAGACGCAAUGACUAAGGAUGCACAAUUUGCUCUUCGUCGAGUGAUUGAGAGAUACACAAAAAGCACGAGGUUUGCGCUUAUCUGUAACAACGUGAACAAGAUAAUUCCAGCACUACAGUCAAGAUGCACUAGGUUUCGGUUUGCUCCUCUGGAUGCGGUUAAUGUCACAGAGCGACUUAAAUAUGUUAUUAAUGCUGAAGGGCUUGAUGUGACUGAAGAUGGGUUAGCAGCUCUUGUACGGCUUAGCAACGGUGAUAUGAGGAAGGCGUUGAACAUUUUGCAGUCAACACAUAUGGCGUCUCAGCAGAUAACCGAAGAAGCUGUCUACCUUUGCACUGGAAAUCCAUUGCCUAAAGAUAUUGAGCAGAUAUCUUACUGGCUACUGAAUGAGCCAUUUUCAGACAGCUUUCGAAAAAUAUCUGAUAUAAAGGCAACAAAAGGAUUGGCUUUAGUGGACAUUGUAAGAGAAGUAACUAUGUUUGUUUUUAGAAUCAAGAUGCCUUCAGAUGUUAGAGUCCACCUCAUCAACGACUUGGCCGAUAUCGAGUACAGGUUGACUUUCGGGUGCAAUGACAAGUUGCAACUGGGCUCGGUGAUUUCAACUUUUACACGAGCCAGAUCUGCAAUUGUUGCCGCUGCAAAGUAGAAAAAAAUGUUUUAACUGAUAAUCAGCAUCUUCAAGUUUUAAAUAGUAUGACGGUCAAAUCUUUCUCCAAGUAUGUCUUCUACAUCGAACUUGUAGGGAUUCAAACCUUUCUAGCAUGACCAUCAUUUGUGCUUAUAUGCAUUUUAGUUGUGUUUUCGAGGAUUGUAACUAGUUUUUGGCAAAUUUAAUGGUUUAUCAUGGAAAGUUGUGUUUUACCUUUUGCAUGUAUUAGAAUUGUUGGAUGAUACAAUGUGA